AUGGAGUCGCUGCCCCCGGACGUGGUCUACACAGUGCUCCGCCUCGCGCAGCCCACGGGGCUGCCGAUUGCGCGGCUCGCGUGCGUGUCGACGGGGUUUGCGCGGAUGGCGAAGAAGCAUCUCUGGAGGUGGCACUGCCGCGACCAACUCGGUCUCGAUGCAUCCCUGGGCGACGCGGAACGCGCCGACUCCGAGGCUGUAGCUGAUGCUGCUAACGCCCGGCGGCGUCGGGCCGACGCCGUUCGUGACGCAAUCGCUGCUAUCACGGCCAGCGUUGAAGAUCCAAUAUCCAUGCGCGAACGGUUGGACCGCAUGCUGCACGACAUGGGAGCCGAAGAGGUUUUCACCCUAGCGAAGCUCGUGAACGUGUGUCCGGGCGUGCGACCCGCGCUGCUGCGAGGCAGGGAGUACAAGGCAAUGAACUGCGGGUGCGGCAGCAGCCUCCAGUGCGCGUGCUGGCAGCCUUUCGCCAGCCCGGAAGGCCAUCCCAGCAGCGCGCCUCACUUCCGCCCCGCCAAGUUUGAAAUCAUGGAUGUCGUUCUCUCCGGCGUUCCAGAGGUCCAUUUCCUGAUGUUCGCGUGCUUUGUGCAUCAACGCGAGGAGCACGACGACGUGCCGUUUCUUGUCAUUCGAGGGCUUGUUAUGGACUUCGAAAGCUCCAAGAUGUACGAGUCUCAGACCCCCUUCGUCUGUGACGAGCGUUGCCCAUACUGCUCCUCCCAGGUGUGGGACAUGUUAGGGUUGUUGAACUAUCCUCGAGUGUCCAAGAUCCUCAUUUGCUACGCGGGGAACAAGAUCUACGUCACGUACCCGGAAGUGGUCACCUACGUCUGCACCAAGGGGCAUCUGUACGGGCUGCGACGUAUGGGCGAAGCCUUGAGGGCAAGCAGCUCAAUGGCGGAAGUGGAGGUGGAGAGGGUUGAAGGGCACGAGGGCAGUGAGAGCAGCCAGGGCAACGAGGAGGCCGAGAGGGAGGCGUCGGAUGAGGCGUACUAUGCGGUGUUGGGGAGGUUUCUGCAGCGGGCGGUGAGGGGGGAGUUGGAGGAGGAGGAAUCUGAUGAUGUGAGCAGCGAGGAGGAGGAAGAUGACGAUGAUGCGAGCAGCGGGGAGGAAGAAUCUGAUGAUGAUGUCGAACUGGGCACUCCCACCAGUGGAGCACAGGCAGCUGCUCCCUCCGUCCCUGCUGCUGCUGCUGCUGCUGCUGGGCCAGCUGCAACACCUGAGCUUGCACAUGCACAUGUGGUGGAGGCUGCCGCCAGUGCUGCUGCAGCAGCAGCGGAUGCACCUGUUCCUGUGGGCGUCACUUUGCCUUCCGCUACCAGCGGUGCUGCCUCUGCUGCGGCAUCAGACUCUGCCAGCCUGCUUCCAACGGCAGCAGCCAUUCCCCAUGGACAACUGUUGGACGCACCACAACCAGCAAAGAGCGGCUCUGCUUAUGUACCUCCCAGUGCCAUGGUUGAUGCCCUGUCUCUGAACGCGCAUGUGGCAGCAGCACCGCCAUCUGCCCUAUCCUCUGUACAUGCAAGCAGCACCACACCUCCUGAGGAGUAG